AUGGUCAACCUUGAUCCCAACUAUGACAUUCCAAGAGAUCUCGAGGGAUAUGGCGAAGAGUCGUUCGACCCUCAGUGGCCCAAUAGCGCAAGGAUUGCGGUGUCGUUCGUGUUGAACUACGAAGAGGGAGCAGAACGUGCUUUCCACAAUGGCGACGGUCACUCAGAACCCUACUUGUGGGAGAAGGGAGCAUCUGGAGGCUACAAAGAGGGUGCCCCGUACGUCAAUGCUGAGUCGGAGUACGAAUAUGGCAGCCGAGUAGGUGCAUGGCGCCUGUUGCGACUAUUCAAAGAGUUCAAUUAUCAGUGGACCACCUAUGCUGUGGCACAAGCAAUGCAGGUGAACCCAACAUUCGCCAGAGCGUGUGUCCGAGACGGGCAUGAAAUAGCUACACAUGGUCUGCGCUGGCUCGACAUCUGGGACUAUGAUUUGCAAAAGGAGAAAGACUAUAUUAUGCAAAGUCUAAAGACCCUGAAGGAUGUUACUGGGGAAAUGCCAGUCGGAGCGUACUACGGGAGAGGCACGCCGAACACAAAGGCUUUGUUUCCUGAAGCGUUCAAGGAGGCCGGUGGUGAGAUGCUCUGGAACUCAGAAGCAUACAACGAUGAUGUCCCUUACUGGGUCGACCUGCCUGCUGAGAAGGAGUUGCCGGACGAGGAGAAGAAGGGCAUGCUCAUCAUCCCAUACAACUACGAUUGCAAUGACGGCAAAUUUCACAUGAGCCCAGGCAAGUGGGCCGGAUCACCUAGCUUUGUCGGAAGUGAUAUGUACGAGAAGUACCUGAAGGCCACUUUUGACAUGCUAUAUCGCGAAGGUGGCAAGAUGAUGAACAUCCCUAUGCACAGUCGCAUCUUGGGUAAGCCUGGACGGUCAGAGGCUCUACGAAACUUUAUGAAGUAUAUACAAGAGCACGAAGGCGUAUGGGUGACUACGAGACGGGAUAUUGCGAAGCAUUUCAGAACCAAGUUUCCAUACAGACCUGGCCACCGAGCAUAA